AUGGCUUAUGUCAAAAAGAAUGGACACGUCAAAUGUUGGCAAGAACUGGAGAAAAAUAGGCCGCGCGCGGCGGCGUCUGGGAAACAGAGUUUGAAAAGCGCGCACGGGCGCUGGGCUGCGGGGCCGUGGGUUCUCGCGCGCGCGGGCGCAGUUGCUCCUGACAGCCUGGCGGCGGCGACCAUCCCUGUCCCUGCACUAGGUGGUCAGCCUUUCUGCAGUCCGCGCCGCCUGGCGCGCUCGUGGCGACGGGCCCAGGUAGAGGCUGCGGGUGGAAACGGGCCCAGGGGUGUGCGGCUCCGGGGCGGGCGGGCCGGGGGCGGGGGCAGCCCCCCGCGGCCUCGGCAGGUGCGCGCAGGCGGGAGGGGGCGUCGCCUGAGAGGCCCCGCCCCCGCGUCGUCCCCGGAGGCCGGAAGUCGGAGCUGCGCCCGCCUGAAAGCGGGGCUUCAGCUUUGGGCCCGCGCCCGGCGAGAUGACCCCCGCCUGCGGAUCGCAGCGAGCGGUGCCUUGUUUCAGGCUACCUUGUCCAGGAGGGCCAGUGGGGAAGGGGAGAUGGCCGCAAGGUUGCUGUCAGUCCAGGCACAGGUCUUGUCAGAAGUCCCAGGAUUUAGGUACAGCUGUCUUGGAGGAAGCAGUGUCCAGCCAGUGAAAGCCCUGCCAACUAUGGCAGAAUUGAGGGAGUCGGUGACAUUCAGGGAUGUGGCGGUGUUCUUCAGCCAGGAUGAGUGGCUGUGCCUGAAUUCUGCACAGAGAACCUUGUACCGGGAGGUGAUGCUAGAGAACUACAGCACCCUGAUCUCCCUGGGAAUUCUGUUUUCCAAACCAAAGAUUAUCUUCCAGCUACAGCAAGGGGAAGAUCCUUGCAUGGUGGAAAAUGGAGUUCCUCAAGGUGCAUGUCUAGACAAGGAUAAGGAGUUUCAAACAGAUAAGGGGAACUGAAGAUUACACAGAAGAACCCAGAAGAAAAAACCUUGAGCAGAUAAGAGGACCAAAAAUGAUUGGAGCCAAGCUAUAAAUCCCAUCUGGGCCAGUAAGGGCUAACUAAAUUUUAAAGGAAUGCAGGGACUGAUUCUAACUGGGACCCCAACAGGUAACACCCAGCACAGACCUGGGUCCUAAAUCUUAGAGACAACCCUCAAGUUGAGAGUAUAAGAAUUUUUUGAAGCUUACCUCCCAGUGCAGAUGAAAUUGCUGAUGCACCCUUCUAUUCCCCUGCUUACCUUUGUAAUUCAAUAAAUCUGCCUUUUCUAUUCUUCAUACAUUCUGGUAAAAUUCUUUUUACCCCCAGUGACCCCAAUGUCUCUUCAUGGUGAUUUUCUUCACACAUCAUUUAUGACCUCCAUAUAGGGAAGGACUUUUUAAGCAGAACACAAAUAAGCUAUGUAAGUUUUUUUAA